AUGUGGUUUCUUGUUUUCAGCAUAUGGAUCGCUUCCGGUCAAUUACUGCCACAUAUUUCUAACGUAAUAGAAAAGGAGCUCGAUCAACUAGAAAUAACAGAGUUAUCCCGUGAAUACAUCAAUAAUAAAUUUCCCAUCACUCAGUCAAGCUGUGUUAAAAAUGCCUUGGGAGAGUUUCUCGAAAUAUGUAUGAGGAAAGGUUUCGAAUUUGUUGAUGCAGAUUUGAGAGUCAUCACCGCAGUACGCUUAUCAGUUUGUGAAUUUGAGUCAUCUGGGUUAACCAACUACCCAAGCGAAUGUCAUGAAAAACGAUUAGGUGGGAUAGAUACUAUAAGCUGCGUCAAUGCUUUGGAGUCAUCUCCGCAGUGGUGGACAACAUACAGUGGAAACUAUCAAAAUCUUCCACAUAUUUGCAUGGAGAAUUCGUUACCGUUCGAAAAGGAACAGAUCCUUGAGCUAUUCUUGAAUAUUACUGACAUGUACUCAGAAUUUCAAAGAAAUAUAGAAAACUAUUGGAAAAGUUUUAGUUCUGAUCUAGAAAUCAAUGGUAAGGAGAAUAUUGACAUGAUCCAAAAUUUAUUCAAUUCACUGGUCAAUGAUUUAAUCCAAAAUCACAAAAUGAAGGACGAAGAAUUAAUCACUGAAUUUGACAAGAUGAAGGCAGAGUUUGAUAUCCGAUUCUUUAAUUUUACUGAAUCAUUUGACAAUCUCAACGAUGAGGUGAAUGAAGAUCUAUCAUUAAUAAAAUCUCACUUAAUUGAAACUUUUCGGCAAGUCGACUCAGAAUACAUGGCACAACUUCAAAAGAACAAAAAUUCCACAGACAAAGCCUUCAAUGAAUUAGAAUCUAUGUCGACUUAUAUCUUGGAUCACCAGAAGACAUCCAUGGAACUUAUUGACAGCUUUUUCUCAGAUCUAAUAGACCUAACCCGUGAUAAAAAUCUAGUAAUUAGCGAUGAGUUAAUGCAGACACAAGAAGAAACUAUACACCUCAUAUUUCAAUACAAUAAACUAGUGCAUGAAUCUGUUAUACCAUUAUUGACUGACGAUCUUUUACCUGUCGUCAGAGGUGUGUCAAAUUCCAUUGUUGAAAAUUUAGACAACAUGAAUGUUGAACUUACAAGCCAUUUGGAAAAUGUAUCACAAACCAUCGAAGUAAAAUUUAAGGCCUUAGAAAAGGAAACAGACAGAUCUCUUUUAAAGGCAAAAGAGGUUGAAUCAAAUUUGCGAAACUUAAAUAACCUUGUGAGUACAUCCUUGAAGGGGUUACAAACUAUUGUACGGUUAUUAACGUUUUUGUUAAAACGGCAGGUCGUUUUGGUAGGGAUCCUGCAGAUCUUUUUAAGGAAAUACAUCUCGAUGAAUCUAUACCUAUACGCAAUAGCAGUAGUUGUAACAGCAUUAGCUGGAUCUAAAGUGGGAUCAUGGGGCUCAUUACUAAUGAAAAGUUUUGUCACUCGAUAG